UCUGCGUAAACCGAUAAAAUGAUCAACCAUCCGGCCCCCAUUUGGUAACCACCACACUCUCCACAGUCUCCCUCCACUCCCCUCCGGCGACCUCACAACCCUAACACUAGCUAACCUCCGAUGCCGCCCUUCUCUUCCGCCGCCCUCCUCCGCCUCCGCCCCUUCCCCUCCCUCCACCCGCCGCCAGCCGCCGGGCAGUUCCUCCGCCGACUUCCCCCCUUCCGCGCCCUCUCCGUCUCCCUCUCCGCCCGCGAGGCUCCCCGCAAGCCCGCCCCCGACAAGAACUUCCUGAAGGCCAAGGACGCCGUCAAGGACCUCCCCCCCGGCGCCGCCUCCUCCCUCUCGCCCGGCCUCGACUCAGGCGACCACCGGAAGCUCCUUCCCAAUCAGGCCGUCGGCCUCGUCGCUGCCGCCCAGGCCAAUUUCAUGCGGGUCAUCGUGGAGUCCGCCGGCGGGCCGCCGGAAAACCCUAGCUUCGUCGUCUCUGAUUCGAGGAUCGGGAAGGAGUUGCUCUGCGUCGUUAGGGCUUUGCUGAAGAAGAUCAAGAGGAUGGUUUUAGUCGGGGAUAAGGUUCUUGUUGGUUCCGUUGAUUGGACUGAUAGAAGGGGGAUGAUCGAGGACGUGUUUAAGAGGAAUACCGAGAUCUUGGACCCUCCUGUCGCUAAUGUGGAUCAUCUGUUGGUGCUGUUCUCGAUGGACCAGCCGAAGCUGGAGCCGUUCACUCUGACUAGGUUCUUGGUCGAGGCCGAAUCCACUGGAAUCCCUCUCACGUUGGUGCUGAACAAGUCCGAGCUCGUCGGCAAAGAGACCAUAUCUUCUUGGAAUGAAAGGCUUCACGGCUGGGGUUACAAACCACUAUUUUGUAGUGUUGAUUGCAGAUCUGGAAUAUCUGCUCUUGAAGACAUCUUAAAGGGACAAACAACUGUGAUUGUUGGUCCAAGUGGCGUUGGGAAGUCCAGUCUUAUUAAUUCCUUGAGAAGCAGUCAGAGCAUUUCUAAUGAGGAAGAAAUAAAUAAUCUGCUUGAGCAUGAUGAAAGCAGCAAGUGGUUUGGAGAGCAGCGAGUUGGCACUGUCUCUAAAAGAAGUGGCAGAGGAAAGCACACAACCCGACAUGUUUCUUUACUUCCGCUAUCUGCUGGAGGUUUUCUUGCUGAUACUCCUGGUUUUAACCAGCCUAGCCUGCUGAAAGUAACAAAGAGAACUCUUGCAGAGACAUUUCCAGAGAUCAGGCAGAUGCUCCAAGCUAGUGAACCUGAAAAAUGCUCAUUUAAUGACUGCUUACACCUUGGUGAACCUGGAUGUGUUGUAACGGGAGACUGGGAAAGAUAUCCAUACUAUUUGCAAUUGCUUGAUGAGAUCAAAAUCAGGGAGGAGUUUCAGUUACGGACAUUUGGAACAAAGAGAGAAGGUGAUGUGAGGUACAAGGUGGGUGACUUGGGCACUAAACAAGCAGAGCCGCGACUUGAACUUAAAAAACACAGAAGGGUAUCACGGAAGCGUCUGAAUCAGUCGAUCCUGGAUGAACUUAAUGAACUUGAUGAUCUUGAUGAGGGCUCCUGGACAGAUAUUGAAGAAGGUGCUAGGUGAAGCUGGCUUAAGGAUGAUCUCUACCUGACAACCAACAUCACACCUACUGCAAUGAAGAAAUCAUAAUGACACUGUGAAUACUCGAGUUUAUGCACCUGCUCUUCUGUAAAUUUUCUUUUGUACAGCAUACAAUUAGACGAAUGUCAGUAACUUGUCUUCUCAGCAUAAAGGAAAAUUUGCAUUUUGGCAGAAAUUAGCUUA